AUGCCGCCAAAGAAGCGCACGUCGACCGUCGCGAACGCCGACGCGACUGAGCCGCCGUCAAAACGUACGCGCAAACCAGCAGGCUCAGAGACCGCGGCAGCUUCGCGCCCCAAACGAUUUUCCCAGUUACCACCACGCGCAGCAAGAAUAAAAGCUGCUGCUCCUGCGCCAGCUCCUAAACCAUCGCCUGCGAAACGCACUGUCUCUUCCAGCAAGGCUCGAGAGACUCCCCAAAAGAGAGGCCGUCCUCAGACAGCUGCGUCGCCAGCAGCAAAGAAAGGUAAACCUGCCAAAUCCGCCGCACCCGCUAGUAAAGCGACUGUCACUCGCAAACCCAAAACAUCCAUCGUGAAAACCACUGCAGAUAAGCCUGGUAAGCGACACGGUAGACCACCCAAAUCCUCCGAACCCGCUUCAACCGAAGUUACUGGCAAGAAGAGGAAGAGGGCUACUGGUCAACCGCAACAGGCAGCUGGAAAGCCUGCCAAAAAGCAGACUGCUACCAGAGCACCUCGCGCACCUGCAUUCUUGAAGGAGAAAGAGCCCGACCUAACAAUUGAGGUGGCUGAAGAGGAUGCAUUCGGACCCGACGGCCAUUCGUACUGGCUCAUGAAAGCGGAACCCCAAUCGCGAAUCGUGAAGGGCGUCGAUGUCAAGUUCUCGAUUGAUGAUUUACAAGCGGCUUCAGAGCCAGAGCCAUGGGAUGCUCGCAACAAUAUGCGCGCCAUGAAGAAGGGUGAUUUCGCGUUUUUCUACCACUCAAGCUGCAAAGUUCCCGGUAUUGUGGGACAAAUGGAGAUCGUUAGAGAGCAUUCAGUAGAUGAAUCGGCUUUUGAUCCCGCACAUCCCUACUACGACGAGAAGUCCAGUCGUGAAAAUCCCAAAUGGGAAGUCGUUCAUGUCGAAUUCCGACGCAAAUUCGACCAGCCUUUGACCUUGGAGACACUCAAGUCAUAUGCUCUUUCGGGCCAGCCAUUGGAAAACCUGCAGACAUUGCGCCAGUCUCGCGUUAGCGUUUCACGCGUUUCACCUCAAGAAUGGGACUUCAUCAUGGGCUUGAUCAAUCAGCAAGAGGCAGACGCGAAGAAAGCUAGUGCAAAAGAAGCCCCUUCCAAGGAGACAACCGAAGUAAAUGGUCAGCUAGAGACAGAAAAUACCGACGAAACCCCCAGGGAACCUACGGCAGAGGCCGCGCCGAGAGCAGAGCAUGGUGCUUCGGUAGGACCUGCUGCAGAACCCGAAGCUACUUCUACGCUUGCAGGCGAACCUUCAGUUCCGGCGCCGGUUGCCGACCAGACGGAAGAUCAAGCCUCCAAAGCCGAAGAGGUGCAAGUCAACGGUGAGAAGUCGACAAAAAGCGACGUCAAUGGUCCCAGCACAGCCGAACGUAUCACUUCAGUAUUCACAGGAGGAUUCUUAAACUGA